CGAAAAACGCGAAAUCUUCAAAAUAACAAGGAACAGAAAGUUUUGGUUAAAAAUUGAAUAAGUUUGUCGACAUCCAGACGUUUUCAAGAUGAAAAUCUAUUUCGGCGAUCGUAUUGAGGACUACGAGGUUUAUGAAGUGCUGGGAAAGGGUGGAUUUGCAACAGUCUAUCGCGCAAAAUGUCUUCGAUCAGGGAUUUUUGUGGCUAUUAAAAUGAUCAACAAAAAUGCUACACAGUCGUCUGGUUUGACGAACCGCGUACGGCAGGAAGUUUACAUUCAUUCAAAAUUGAAACACCCAUCCGUACUAGAGCUGUACACUUACUUCGAGGACGCUACGUUUGUGUAUCUGGUACUGGAAUUAGCCACCAAUGGAGAACUCCAGCAGUACCUGCGCGCACGAAACUCUCCGUUCAAUGAUUAUGAAGCGGCCCUUGUUAUGCGACAAGUAGUUGAAGGAGUGCUUUAUCUACAUUCGCAAAACAUUUUACAUCGUGAUAUAUCACUAUCGAAUCUUUUGUUGUCAACAAACAUGACUGUUAAAAUCGCAGAUUUUGGCCUGGCCACAGAGUUGAAUCGUGCGGACGAAAAGCAUCUAACCUUGUGUGGAACACCUAACUUCAUCUCACCAGAGGUAGUAUCUCGAGCUUCCCAUGGUUUGCCAGCGGACGUAUGGGGACUGGGAUGCAUGCUUUACACAUUGUUAGUCGGAAAACCCCCGUUCGACACAAAUGGUGUAAAAUCAACCCUGACACGGGUAGUCAUUUCUAAUUACAUUAUUCCUGCAAAUAUCGCUCCGGACGCUAGUGAUCUCAUCGAAGGAUUACUGAAGAAAAAUCCGUCGGAAAGGAUUGCUCUGAACGAUGUUCUAGCGCAUCCUUUUAUGAAACGUUGCGACCCAUGUGUGGGAAACGUUGGUCCUUCGAGGUAUAGAGUUGGAACAUCAGCAGCUGAUAGCGGAAUAGGAGCGAUAUCGUGUGCAGCUGCAGAAAAUUCUGAAUUAUUUUUAAAUCGCUCACCCAGUGCAACUGAUGAACAUAAAGAACCUAUGCCACAGCAUUUCGCUGCCCGACCGACCGACAGUCAAGUAUUUGGAUCGAAUGCAAAACGGACACAACCGCAAGUAUCCCUGCUUAGCAAGUUCAAUAGUAUAGAAUUGAUGGAAAAAUAUAACAUUAACAAAGCCGAAAUAACCGGUCAGGAUGCCGAUAAAGUGCAUCAUUCUGGAUCGUAUAGACCAGUUUCGAAACAUACUGUGGAAUACGAAAUCACACCACAACAAUCAGUACAAAAGUCAAAUACUCUAGAAUGUCUUAAACUACAAACUCCAGCUAUGUUUUCGGUCGCUUCAAGUAGCAAUAACCGAAACGGGAUGGCAGCAGAUGAGAAACAAAUGCAUAACUUUGCAUCAGGACGUCAUCAAUUACCCCCGCCGCUUAAUACAGCCCGACUACUGCCAGACCGUCACCGUACAAAGCAUGUUAUUCUCAGCAUUACUUCGACUGAGGGAGAAGUAGUGCUAGAAUUUCUGAAACCCAAAGGCCGAUUACAAGAAGACCGCGUAGUAGCUGUUUGUAGAAUUUCGUCCGAUGGGAUGCGAUUUUUAUUUUACCAACCAGGUGGAAGCCGAGGAAUUCCCAUCAAGGAUAGGCCGCCCGAUGUACCGACGCAUGGAACAUUAUGUUACACCUAUGACAGUCUUCCAGAACAGCACUGGAAAAAGUACAUCUACGCGGCGCGUUUUGUAAAGAUGGUUAAAGCUAAAACGCCGAAAAUUACCCUGUACAGUGAUCAAGCAAAGUGUCAAUUGAUGGAAACUUUGGAAGAUUAUGAAGCAAUAUUCUAUGAUGGAUAUAAAAUGACGCAAAAUUCAUCGGAUUACGUUAUAAAAAUGUUUGAUACAGCUGGUAAUGUUUAUCGGAGUACUUUGGGCUUUCCUGCUGGCAGUGAAUUUUGGCAGAAGCAUUUUCUUGAAACUCUCAAACAUUGCCGCAACAUCGAUUCAACGCUUUCAACAAUCGGUACCAAUGGGGCCACUUUUCCCGUGAUAAUCGGUCGCCGCCCGGCAUCCAAUGUUUUUGGAAUCGAAGACGGCAGGAAAAUGGGAGAAGGGAAACUUGUAGUGCAAUCUUCUCCGGCAACACCUAUGACGCAUCAUAGCAAUACUGCUAUGAGUUCUUUUGCCUUUUCUAUUCAAUCGGAAAAACGAAGAGGAAUUCCACAAAUAUCAAGUGAAACAAAACGGCAGCAUGCAGCAGCGGUAGGAACUUCAGAACUUUUCUCUCGCGAAUCUAUGCAGAAGUACAGUGACGAUAGAAGACCGCUUUUGAAUGUUGCAAGCAACCAAGAUACUGGGAUUCCAUAUCUUCCAUCGAAUCUUGCAGGUUCAUAUCAAUACACACAUCUGCAGCAUGUUACGAAUCAUCAACAUCUGCCAUUAGAAAUGAAUGAAAAUCGUAAGCAAAUGAAAAACACAAACAAUGAAAUGAGCCCAGCUGCACUUUUGCCGUUAGCAUAUACCAGCAGUCAGUCUUCAACCCCAAUGGGUCGGUUGCUGAGGUAA